AUGGAGGAAAACUGCGGGCUAUACGCCUUUUUUUUUUUUUUUUUGUUGUUUUUGUUUUUCUUGAGUAUCUUAUUUUGUCAGGAAGCAAAUUCUUUCUUGUUUUCUGAUGCUUUUCGAAGUUUUUUCUUUCUUUCGUUUACUUUCGUCUAUUUUCACACUCUUGGCAUCUCGUUUCUUUUUUUCUUUUUCUUUUUUUUUUUGGUGGGUGGGGCUUGUUCCCUCUUUUUUUCUUUCUUAUCUUUUAUUCUUUCUUCUUUUCUGAAUUUUCAUUUGCUUUUCCCCCAUUUUUUAAAAAUGUUCGUUUGCAUCUUUGUUUUGCGUUUCUUCCUAGAACUUUUCUUUUUUUAUUUACAUUUUCCUUUCUUUUAUUUUUAUUCUGGUAUUUUCAUGUUGUACUGUUUAAAGUACUUUUGGGUUCUUCUUUCACUUCGACAAUUUUCUUAUAUAUAUUUUCUGAUUUAUUUCUUUCUUUCUUUCUUUCUUUCUUUCUUUCUUUCUUUCUUUUGCUUCGACAUCGUUUUCCUUACAUCUUUUCUCUUCUUCCCCUUUACCUUUCUUCCAUUCUUUUUUUCUUUUCUUUCUUUCUUUCUUUCUUUCUUUUGCUUCGACAUCACCUUUUCUUACAUCUUUUCUCAGCUUCCUUAUAACCUUUCUUCCAUUCUUUCUUUGUUUUGCUUCAAAAUCGUUUUCUUACAUCUUUUCUCAGCUUCUCCUUUACCUUUCUUUCUUUCUUUCUUUCUUUCUUUCUUUCUUUUGCUUCGACAUCGUUUUUCUUACAUCUUUUUUUCAGCUUCCCCUUUACCUUUUUUUUCAUUCUUUUUCUUUCUUUUUCUUCUCAUCUCUGCGUUCUCAUCUCUUCUUCCAUUUUAA